UCUGGAGCGUUACCAAGGAAACAGCGUACGGGUCUGUGAGACGGUGGAAGAUCGUAGCAGCAGCUAAAGGCUAACUGGCUAAUACACCGGCUAAGUUUCGUCGUUAAAGGUUAAAAACAAAGAGCCGGUGUUUGAUUCACGGGCCGCGGUCACGUGGUCUCCGUCAUUCCAGCUCACGAGGCUCGCGCUGGACGUCGUUAGCACGUUAGCUUGUGGUUAGCAUGUUAGCCGCGUUAGCUUGGUAAACAGUUAGCAGCAGUCAGCUCCGCGGUCUGCAGCGGACACGAUGGACACGAGCUCACGCCUGGACUGAGACGCUCUUACCCCGGGUCUUUGAGGCGGCAGAGCCGCGGCCGGAGCACGGCAGAGCCGCAGCAGUCUGGGAGGACAUGCAGCGGAGCGGAGGCCCAGUUAAACAGGCGAGUUAACCCGAGUUAACCAGGAUGGAUUUGUGCAGCAGGAAUCCCAACCGCACAGCGCCGGUGUUGGAGGCGGGCCCACCGCGCGUCGAUGCCCCGCUCUGCUCCCGGACUAACGGCUGGGCGUGGCCUCCUCACCCCCUCCAGCUGUUGGCCUGGUUGCUUUACGUCUACUUCGCCGUCACCAGCCUCGGCGUAUUCGUCCCGCUGCUGCCCGCUCACUGGAUCCCUGCGGGCUACAUCUGCACGGGCGUCAUGUUCGUGUGUCACCUGUGUGUCCACGUGAUGGCCGUGUCCGUCGACCCAGCCGACCGCAGCGUCAGAACCCACAACCACAGAGGUCCGGUCCCCGUGUUCGACCGCUCCAAACACGCACACGUCAUCGAGAACUGCCACUGUUACCUGUGCCAGGUGGACGUAGCACCAAAAUCGAAACACUGCAGCUCGUGUAACAAAUGUGUGGCUGACUUUGAUCAUCACUGUCGAUGGCUCAACAACUGUGUAGGAAGCAGAAACUACAGGUUGUUCCUCCACAGUGUUGGCUCCGCCCUUUUGGGCGUGUGUGUGGUUCUGGUCGUCUCCUCCUACGUCUUCAUCGAGUUCUUCGUGGAUCCGACUAAACUCCGCUCUGACAAACACUUCCUAGUGAGGAACGACACAGGUGUGUGGUUCCUCUUCCUUCCUGUGACUCCGCUCAGAUCAGCUGCUGCUGUGAUUCCGUGUCUGGCUGCCGUUACCAUGGCGCUGGGUCUGUUGUCGUCGGUGCUGCUGUGUCACCUGCUCUGCUUCCAUGUAUACCUGAUGUGGAACAGACUCAGUACAUAUGAGUACAUUGUGCGACAGCGUCAUCGUCAUGACAACAGAGACUUGAGGAAACCUGGAUCAGUGAAGGAGACGGACAUGAAUUAUUCUGGGAGUCUGGGUUAUACCAACCCACAGGUGAAUGUGGAGGAACCGACCACUGUGUCUGUGCAGGGGGAGGCAGAGUUCUUAGCCAAUGGCAGAGUGAUGAGUGUGUGUAGUCCUGUCAUGGAGGAAGAAACUCCACCCACCAUCUCUACACACACACAGAAAAAGAAGAAAGUUUGUAAAAUCACUUCAGAGGAAACGAGAGAACGAUGUCAGAGUGCAGCCCCGCCCCCAGCUGACCUCGGCACCGUGGCUCAGCGUCUUCCUGUCCCAGUGUUCCCUCUGAGGGCCCCCCUGCCCCCCCUGGCCCUGGUCCAGCCCACAGGCCCCGUCCAGGCCGCCGCCCCUCCUGCUGAGUACCACUCAGACUCGGCUGAGUCUCUGGAGGAGAUCCCGGUGGUGUUGGCCAAACUGGGCUCCACUUCUGCCUGUGACACGGCCGCAUCUUCACAGCGAGCGGUACCAGGGUUCCCCUUGCCCCCCCUGCCCUCCAGGACAAAGAGGAAGACGCCACUGUCCUCCUCCUCACACACAGCAGAGCUGAGGUUUGAGAUGAUGUCCACUCAUCUUCCUGCUGUGUUUGUCAGUCGGGCGAGCGGCGAGGCCCAGGACCAAAGACUUGGUCCGAGCAGGUGGCAGACCAGCUCCAGACCCGGCUCCAGAGCAAAGACCUGAACUUUGUUUUUCUACUAUCACACGUGUGUUGUGUUUAUUUAUUUACUUGACGUGAUGUCAUCACUUCUUCAUACAGAACAACUUCAUGUUUUUUUUAAUCAAUAAAAAUGAUUUUCAUUGA